GGCUGUUAAUUUGGUCCCCAAACUCGACGGAUCAGAUCUCCCAGGGCCCUCAUAUCUCCGACUCCUCCCAUUUUCCACAUAAACCCUAUUCGAAAUCUAAAGCCUUAGGGUUUUAGUCGGUCCCCUGAGAGCAGAGUGACGGAGUGAGAAUCGGACAAGGUGAUUACGAUGGCUUUCUUAAGUAAAAUUGGGAGCAUACUUAGGCAGACUGCAAACAAGCAGAUAAGGUCUGAAGUAUCUCCUUUCAAACUGUCCAUCCAUCAAGCUAUAAGAUGCAUGUCAUCCAUGGGAAGCUCGAAGCUCUUCAUCGGAGGUGUUUCGUACCAGACAGAUGACCAGAGUCUGAGGGAAGCUUUUCAAAAAUAUGGUGAAGUUGUAGACGCAAGAAUCAUCAUGGACCGUGAAAGUGGUAGAUCAAGAGGAUUUGGAUUCGUUACUUUCACUUCUAAUGAGGAGGCAGCUAGUGCUCUCGAGGCCUUGGAUGGGCAGGAGCUUCAUGGCCGACGAGUAAGGGUGAACUAUGCAACUGAAAGGCCUCGCCCCAGCUAUAAUAAUUACGGUGAUGGUCAAAAUAGUUAUGCACCUGGUGGUGGAUUUAGUAACUAUGGACCCGGUGGAGGUGACAGCUAUGGAAGAGGAAACCCUGGAUAUGGUCCAGGAAGCUACAACAGUCCAGGAAGCUAUAACAGUCCUAGCAAUUAUCCAAGUGCAAACACUUACGAUGCUCCCGGUGGAAGUAGCAACAAUUUUGGUGUUGGUAGUGGUGAUAACUUCGGUGUUGGUGGUGACAACAGCUUUGGCACUCCUGAUGCUCCAUUUGGAGAGAACAAACCUGGCUUUGGCCUGGACGAUCCAUUGGAAGGAAAUGAUAGGGACGAUAAUGACGCGGGUGACUUCGCCAAGAGGGCCUGAUUAUAAUUAUUAGAUUUCAGGGGCAAACUUAGUUUGCUUCUUCGGCAGUGCUACAAGUAGAUUGUUAUCUGUUUAUGUUACAGCCAUCUAAUCUUCCCUUCCCCCUCUCUCCGAACUAUUUUAUUUCAUUUUAUGUCGUAUUUGCCUGUCACAAUCUUCAUGCACGUUUGUGUGCGCUUUGUUAAUGAAGGACCUUGAAUUGUGGAAAUAAUUGUUGAUUCAUUA